GUUGAUUAUGAUGUCACUAGUGACCGCCAUCUUGGACAGGAGACAGGAAACAUAACAAAAGAUUGCCAAGAUUUCUGACUCACAGUGACGGUUUCACUCACAAGAAACGGUCAGAAAGUUGCGUCCUGCGUUUGUCAUAUAGUUUUAGACGAUGGCGAGCCCUCCCAUGAGUGGAUCGUUGCGAGCGCUAGCGUUAGAGCUGAAAAAUUUGCAAGAAGAACCAGUGGAGGGUUUUAGAGUGAACCUCGUCAAUGACGAAAAUCUGUAUGAAUGGCAAGUUGCGAUCUUCGGGCCACCCGACACACUCUACGAGGGAGGAUACUUUAAGGCUGUGAUGAAGUUUCCACAGGACUACCCCUACUCACCCCCCACUUUCCGCUUCACAACAAAGAUGUGGCACCCUAACAUAUAUGAGAAUGGAGAUGUGUGCAUCUCGAUCCUCCAUCCGCCUGUGGAUGACCCCCAGAGCGGAGAGCUGCCGUCAGAGCGGUGGAACCCAACACAGAAUGUCAGAACGAUUUUAAUGAGUGUAAUAUCGCUGCUGAACGAGCCCAACACAUACUCCCCGGCUAACGUGGACGCAUCAGUCAUGUUCCGCAAGUGGAGGGAAAGUUCUGGCAAAGACAAGGAGUACGAAAACAUUAUCAGGAAACAAACCAACGCCACGAAAGAAGAGGCAGAGAAGGACGGAGUGAAGGUCCCCACCACACUGGCAGACUACUGCAUCAAAACCAAGCCCAAGACUUCCCACUCCUCUAUGGACAUGGCUGAUUUCUAUGAUGAUGAUUAUGACGAUGGUGACAUGGACGAUGAGGAUGAUGAUGAUUUCUAUGAGGACGAUGAUGAUGAUUCAGGGAACGGUGGAGAAGGGUCGUGAUAUGCAACUGUCGUCACUUUUUUUUCUUCUUUCUAUGGUUGUGUACAGAUAAACUUAUAAGCAAUUUCACCGAUAGGAAGCUACGUCGGAACUUUGUCCUUAAAUUUCUUCUCAAUUCAUCCAGAAGAGUGUACAGAUGUACAGCAUGUGUUGUUGGCCUGGCACUUUUGCCAUUUCUGUGAAAGGCUGUCUUCCUUCAAAGCUUACCUUCCUAUUUGAGAAAAUCAUAAAGACCUCACAAGUCUUCACAGUACAGUAAUGAAAUUGGGACGUAAGGUUUUAGGGGAAAGAAAAAAGAAACAGCCUUUAGAGAGAUGGAUUGACACAAGUGUCGCUUUAAAUGGAGUGUGUUCUGGAUAUACUUUAUAAGUUGUAGGUUUUGUGCACUUUGUUAAACUAACCCAGUGGAGAGAAAGCAAGAGGUGAUGAAGGCAUGUUACUACUUACCUGGUGUGUUAUAUGGCCGUUGCGUUAAAGUGUGCAGCGUAGCCAUUGGGGGAGGGCCAGCCAUGUGUUAACUUUCAAAAGGCACUAUCUUGCGAGGGGUUUGGACCAAACCAAAACCAAUCAAACAAGCAUAAUAGGGCUCUGACUGUAAAUUGGGAGUCUGUUUUAAACUGUACACAUUUUCCUUGCAUGUCUGUACAGGGAAAGAAUGGUUUUAUAUUUGAACACGAGUCUUUGAUGCAUAAAGAAGUUGGUUUAGCCUUAUGGAUCUCACAGUGUGGAAAAAAAUGUUAAUUUUACCAUCCCUAUGUUAUACCUGGACUGCAUGCGGUCCAAUCAUUUGUCUCUAAUAAUGGUUAAAGUUAUAUGUACAUUCAUCACAUAAGGUUUGUGCAAAAGCCAACUUUGGAAUGCUUCGUUUUGUAAUCGUCAUUACACAAACAUUUUUUAUCCUUCAAUAACAUCAUAGCAACUUUUUUCGGCCAUGUCUGUGGCAACCAUUAACUAAAACUGAUAAAAGUGGUUUCACCAAAUUGUAACUUGGAAAAGAAGAAUAAUGGUAAAUAAGGACAGUGCAAACUGUUGACAAAAUAGUUUGCUUCAUAUUGUAAGUGAUAUUUGAAUAGGAACUGCAGGGUGGAGAUUCCACUUAAAGUGUGUUGUCCCGUAUGCAUAGUUGUUAUGUGCAAGAAGAAAGUGUUUUUGUGUGUUGAUCAUGGAAUUGAAGGUUGCAAGAACAGAUGCAUUGGAAAAGCUGCCUUGGAGCUGUCAUCGUUUCCACCGGACAGCAUUGCAGAGAGGUACAAGGGAUUUGGUUAUCCUCCAAGACUUCUGUACAGGACAGCGUUUUCUAUACCGAGGAAAAGAAGUUCUGAUUUUGGCGUGCUAUGGAUUGAACUCUAGUUUAACUGAGAACGGGACAGCUUGGUGCAUGCUAGAAGAGCUGUACAUUGCCUGAGCAAAUUUGGCAGAGGCAAACGAGUAGUCAUAUGCCAUUUCCAUUCCUCCACUUUGUCUUGUUUUUAAAACUUUCUCCGUCCUCCUUAAGCACACAGUUAUGUAAUCAUUCAUGUAUUUGGUACGAUUUUCACCUGAGGAGGCGAUGGAGCCAUACAUAGUGUUUGUAUGUUUUCCCCUUUUUAAACUACAAGGAGACCUGCCGCAUGCAGUGUUCUCUCUCUCUAUUGGUUUGUGUGGAAACGUGGGACUAACCAAUACUGGUGAGGGAUUGGGAAGGUGUGUACUGAUUUUAGCUGUCCAAUGCAUUACAGAUAUAAGGAACGUCUUAAACUUGUACAAUUUAAGAUUUCUUGGGAAGCAAGCUUCCACACAUCAUUGAAUCUGAAGACGAAUAAGGUUAGGAAAAAAGAAUAAUGAAGCAGCGCAUGAUAGCCAUAAGACAUGCAAUUGGACAACUGAAAUUAUGUUAACUUCCCAUCGUCACAACUCCCUUACACUAAGCAAAUAAGCUGUACAACCUGUCGUAUAACCUGUAUCUCUCCCGAUAUACUGGGACUCUGUACCUCAUAGCAGCCACACUCUGUAGGUAUGUAUUUUGCAACGGAUUAUUUAAUAAUAAAAUUGUAAAAUAUUCCAAGGUA